GAGUUCCUCUGUGAGUGUGGUGUUUUUUUUUCUUCUUCUUGCGCCUCGCAUCACAAUCGGAACACGUUUUAUAUGGAAUGGUACAAAGCUGUUCACCACCUAUCGUAGGCCUUAACACCAGCAGUUGGUCAUUUGAUGCCUGGGUUAACCCUGGCGUGAAUCAUGUGUGAUAGUAUUUUGGAAGACAUCUUCAUAAAGCGCUCACAACAGAGGAGGAAAACCUCACCCUUGAACUACAAGGAGAGAUGGUUCAUCCUCACACGGGACAAACUCUCUUACUACGACUACAACGCCGAUAAAGGGAAGCGAAAAGGUCUGAAGGGCUCAGUGGACCUGGAGAAGAUUAAAUGUGUGGAGACGGUGCAGACAGAUCCCGACAGCCCACAGGACCGCAUGUAUGCAUUCCAGGUCAUUUAUGAUGAAGGGCCGCUGUACAUCUUUGCAAAAACAGAGGAAGUUCGAGCUCAAUGGAUAAAGAAGCUGAAAGAAUUGGUGCAGACCAACAAGGACCUGAUGCAAAAGUAUCACCCAUGCUUCUGGAUCGAUGGCAUGUGGUUAUGCUGCCAGCAGGAAGUCAAGCAUGCGAUGGGGUGUAAGGUUCUGAAUAAACACAAUGGUUUCAUGUAUGGGAGGGGAUCCUGCAAACCUUUGCCCCCGACUCCUUUGGAGGAGAAGCCCAGCCGGCGGUCACCGCCGCAGCUUCCCGAAGCCGACAAACCCCCCGCGGGCACGAAUGUCAUAGCUCUUUACAACCACCCAGCCAUGAUGUCUCAUGACCUGGAGCUGAAUAAGGAUGAGGAGUACACCAUCCUGGAUGCGUCUAACCCUAACUGGUGGAGAGCCAGAGAUAAAUACGGAAAUGAGGGGUACAUACCCAGUAAUUAUGUGGUGGAAGUUGGAAAUGGCUUAGAUAGACACGAUUGGUACUGCAAGAAUACAAACCGCAGUCAAGCAGAGGAGCUACUGAAGACUGAGAACAAAGAUGGAGGCUUCAUGGUGCGAGACUCCAGCAAGCCAGGGAAGUACACAGUGUCUCUAUUCAGUAAAGGAGGCGGAGAGGCUGGUGGCUGCUGCAAACAUUACAACAUUUGCAUCACGCCACAGGGGCAGUACUACUUGGCAGAAAAGCACAACUUCAACACCAUCCCAGAGCUCAUCUACUACCAUCAGCACAAUUCAGCAGGCAUGUUUAGCAGGCUUAAAUAUAUAGUGUCCAAUCGAACAAGGCCUCCAUCCACAGCAGGGCUUGGAUAUGGUAUGUGGGAGAUCGACCCCUCCUGCCUAACCUUCAUUCGGGUCCUUGGUAUGGGUCAGUUCGGAGAGGUACGGCACGGAAAAUGGAAGGGCCAGCAUGAUGUUGCUAUCAAGAUGAUUAUACCCGGAGCCAUGUCAGAGGAUGACUUCAUAGAGGAAGCCAAGAUCAUGAUGACGCUCCACCACGAAAAUUUAGUGCAGCUGUACGGCGUGUGCACCAAGACGAGCAACAUCUACAUUGUCACUGAGUUCCUCUCCAACGGCUGCCUGCUCAACUACCUAAGAGAGGGUCUCAGGCAGCACCCCACCUCUGUACAGCUCCUGGAAAUGUGCAAAGAUGUCUCUGAGGGCAUGGCCUACCUGGAGUCCAAACAGUACAUUCACAGAGAUCUGGCUGCCAGGAACUGCUUGGUUGAUGGCAAUGGCACAGUCAAAGUGGCGGACUUUGGGCUUUCAAGAUACGUCCUCGACGACGAGUAUACAAGCUCGGCGGGUUCCAAGUUCCCUGUGCGUUGGUCGCCACCUGAAGUUCUCCUCUGUUGCAGAUUCAGCAGCAAGUCGGACAUCUGGGCUUACGGGGUGCUGAUGUGGGAGGUUUAUACUUUAGGGAAGCUCCCAUACGACCGGUUGAACAACAAUGACAUCGUGGCUCAGGUGUCCCGAGGCCUGCGACUGUACCGUCCUCAGAUGGCUUGUGAGAAGGUCUACAGCAUUAUGUCAUCGUGUUGGCUUGAUAAGGCUGAUGAGAGACCCACCUUCCAGGAGCUGGUAUUCACUGUACAGGAUUUGCUAUAUGAACUCCAAUAGAUUACACAGCAGCAGCAGCCGCCACAGCGGCGGCCUGGGAAAUAACUCACAAUUUCAAAUGUGUUUCACUAUAUCACUAACAGUCACUUGCUGGAAAGAACUCAUUUGGCAUUCACAUCAUAUGGAUGAGCAUUUGUUUUAUUUGUUGUUAUUAUUGUUUUAUUAAAAUGUGGGAACGUGAAAGUGCUUCAUAAAUGUAAAUUACGCCAAUAAAAGGUCAUUUUCAGACUUCUGGGAAAAAAUCUAGGUUCUGAACUGCGCAUUGUUUGCAAUUGUAAUGUUUUGAACAUUCAAUAGACACUCUGGGUUCUCAAGAACACAAGCUUUAUUUGUCUAGAACACUCCACAGUAACAUUAAUCAAAUUAUCUCUCAUCAAAAGUCUCUUUCCUCACUCACACACAGUGGGCGAAAUAAGUAUUUAGUCAACCAAUAAUUGUGCAAGUUCUCCCACUUGA